UCAGAAUUACACAGGAUAGUUUGUUUUGAAAUGAAAACCAAUUCAUGAUAUCUUAGCAUGGUCAAUAUUGCUAAUUAAUUAUUAUUGGCGCAUUUAAGUGCUCACCAAAAAAUUUAUCUGUGGAAAUCCCCACGGAAACGAAACGUACCUACUGUCAAUUAGCAACAAGUAAUACGAUAGUGGGCUGCUUUUACGGAAGAACUUUCAAGCCAGUGUAUUCUCGCUCAUGACGAAUAUCACGUGCGUGAGGCCGGAUUAAUGGAAGGGACACAAAUGCUUGCUGCUUUCAAUUACAAAUCAGAAACGAUGGCUGAGGGCCUCUUGACGUAAAACAAAUAGGAAUACACUUAAAAAUUCAAGAUGGACUACGAAGAUAUAAUGAACUACACCACCGUAGAUAGCAGGACCGAACCUACAACCAGUGUCAAAGAUUCAUGGAUAAACCGCAUCGAACCACACGAAGUAAUACUUUUUACAUGCUGUACUGCAGCCUUCUUCGCCGACCUGGCAAUUAUCUUCACUAUGUUGUGUUUCAAGCAAUUGCGAACCGCGCUAAAUGUGUUUAUUGUUAGCUGGGCAAUUUUGGAUAUUUGUGCCGUGCUAGUGACACCUGUCGGUUACAGAUUAGUCUCAAUAUUGAAUCACUUGAACGUAUGCUUUCUACUCCAAAUGGGCUUAGUAUUACAUUUUCUGAUAAUUGUGUCCGUUUUCAUUAUUUUUAUAUCUUGGUGUAUUAUCGCCUACUUUUCGAAAUUUUCAAAAUGGAUUGGAGUUUACUACAAGAUUACGAUGGCAUUAAUUUGGGGAAUUCUCUUAAUUUUCCUUAUAAUUCUGAGUACAGGUUGCCUAGGCCACAAAUUCAAUGAUAAUGCGGGAAAGGGUGGCUAUGGAACCCUAGCCCUUUUGUUAAUGUCUAUUCUCACUAUACGUUUUCUUAAUGUCUUGAGAAAGAACAAAGAACAGUCCCUCGAGCACUCAAAGUUGCCCUUAACGUUGUGCACUGCAUUCGUCCUCUGCCAUGCUUUCGCAUUAGGCAGUUACGCGAUGUCACAAUUUUUGUGGCUUUGGAAUCCGAUACCUAUCAUCAUCUCGGCCUGUUUCGUUUACUGCAAUUCUGUUGUCACUUUCAGUGUGUUAUUUUUCUAUGAUAAACCCUUUCAGUUGCAUGUUAGAAAAAUCAUUCAUUGUACACCUCGAGGAACUGGACGUUCGUUCAAUGAGGGCGAACGUCUAGAUCAAGAAGCGUUUUCUGAAGUUUCAUUUCAUUGCCCAACCGAAGAAUUGCGAACAAAUAAGUAACUUGUGUUAUUACGCUCAGGGGUAUAUAUAUUUUAAGACGACAGGUGGCUAAUUGCACCUUUUAUUUCUUUGCAUCUCUUUCAAGUAACGAAUGCUAAUGUAACAUUCGAAGUUCACGACUUCACAGAAAUAAUUGUAACUACUAAUGUAUUAGGUUAGAGAAUAAUUGUGUGAAAUAGAAUUUUUUUAUGUAGAAAAAUAAAAAAAAAAC